AUGCAACUGGACCUUUAUAUUCCUAAAGAGAUUCCACAAUGGUAUUGGCGAGCUUACAACGUAAUUGGAAUAGUUUCAAUCGCCGUGAAUUUAUUCGGAAUUUGGCUCGUUCUCACGAAAUGCCAGAGAUCUACUUAUCGAUUUCAUCUUCUAGUUUAUAUUGUGAGUUUAUUCCAUUUUUAAAAAUUAUUGUUAUCCCAUAUAAUCUUAACAUCUGUGAAAGUUUUAGGGUCCAUCGACAUUUUAUUUAAAAAAGUUAUGUUAAGUAAGAAAUAUCCACAUAUUUUUUAAAUGCAAGUAAAACUGGAAACUUGAAUUUCUCUCCACUCUUUGAACUUUUUUGAUUUCAGAUAACAUCAUUCCUUGCCGACUUGAGCUUCACCUUCUGUGAGCGGCCGUAUUUUUUCUUUCCCGCUUUUGCUGGUCUUACUGGAAACUCUUUAUUGCCCUCUUUGGGUGUCGAUGAAAUUAGUUUAUCGGUUGGUGUCACUUUAUUCAUCUUCAUUCCUCUAAUCUGUGAGCAAUUUCCAGGUUCUCAUGGUUUUUGGUCAAUUAACCAACGUUCCAACUGUUUUGAACUGUUUGAUACUCCGACAUGAAGCAGCUGCGACGGCUGGAAGGGUAAGUUCUGCAAAAACCCAAACAUAAAAAAUACUAAAAAAGUAAAUACUUUUUUCAAAGUUUGAUUUUACCAGUUUAAAAAAGCUUAGUUUAAAAAAAGCUGUCCAGGAGUUUUUGGAGGUGGAGCAAAUACUGGGAAAAUUUUUAGUGGCCACUACAGAGGUUCUCUAUUUAGUGGCCACUUCAGUAGUUUUUCAUCCAGUAUUCCUUCCAGUAACUCUGAUAACUUUAAAACAAACAUAUUAUACCAGUUAUGUUGGUCCAUCGACCCCUAAAGUGGCCACUAAAAUGUUUAGUGGUCUAGUAGUAGCACUUAGACCUCUAUAGUGGCCACUAAUUUUUAACCCCUUCAGUGGCCACUAACUUGACUACUAUAUUGGCCACUCAAACUUCAAAACCCUAUAGUGGCCGGUAAAAUGUUUUCCCAGUAGAUUAUUUUUUUAAUCGAAGCUCAUUUUAAAGGCGCAGAACGGAGUUUUCAGCAAUCACAAGAGCCAAGUUUGAAGAUCCACAAUGCGCCUUCAGAAAUGACUUUUGAAGUAUUUAUGAAAUUAAGGGGAAAAAUCGAAAAUUCUCUCUCUUUGCAUAUUAUUUUUGCCAAACGUUCAAAGAUAAGUUUUUCAAAAAAACCUCGUCUUUUUUUGAUACAUUUUUCAUUUUUUUCAGCAAAAAAAGCUUCGGAAAAAUUCAAACGCAACAUCAUUUUUCUAUUUCUCUCCCUCUGGUGCCUUUUUUUAUUUGCACGUGUGUCUAUAAAUCUCGUCUGAGCCCAGAAGAGCAGAGAAUGUCGCUUUCCGAAGUAACUACUUAUUAUUUUGCAAAAAACCUAAGGUAUUUGCAGAACUUCCCCGAAGCUCUAUUUAUUCUCGAUUACGAAAAUCACAUAGUUUAUGAUGUGAUGAUGAACCAAUGGACUAUUGUCGCUGUGGCGGCCAGUUAUCUAAUUGCCGUUUUUGCAAUGACGUUCGGAUUUUGGGUCUACCGAAGGACGAGUGUUAUUCUGAUUUCUCAUGUUCUUUAUAUGUCGGCCAGGACGUUUUCAAUGCACCGAACUACGUUGUAUAGCUUGACGGCGCAGGUGACUUUGAAAAUCAGAAAAAUUAGGGGUUAAUUCAUCAAAGUUUUCAUAAAAGUUACUUUCAAUCUAUCUUGUGAAAAUCAUUCAGAUCGCUAUUGAGCAUCUCAUUUAUCACUAAACUCCCUAAAAAUUGGCUUUUAAUGAAUAGGUCGCACUUGAAAUAGCUGUAGCUAACUUCUACUAGACAUAGUUUAAACAAGAAUAACAGCUAAAUAUUUAAAAAUAUUACUUUUUCGCGGGUGUUUUUUUACUUUGGAUAAGUUUUACGAAUUUAUAUAUAUUCUAGUAAGAUUUCAGAGAAUCUUGAGCUCUAAAAAAACUGAAGCUUCCGUUUGGUUUCUUAGUGGACACUGAAGGGCGCUUAACACUCCUUUUUCUCAACGGUUAUUUCCUCUAAUCUUCAACUCAUGAAUCUAGAAGAAAAGAUCUUUUUCAAACAUAAAAAGAUCAUAAGAAGCUCUCAACUCUAAUUAAUUAUUUUUUUCAAAAAUCAAAAAUUUUUCCAGGCCGUGGUCCCAUUUUUUUGCUCAUAGUCAUCCCAGUCUGCUCAUAUGGAACUAUUGCCUUUUUCAAGUUGGAAUCGUUUCAUUGUGAGUUUUGAAUAAAAAAUAUAAACCUUAAAUUUCGAUCAGAUUUGGUACCUAUGGCGACCUUACUUGCCGGUACCCACGCCACAUUUUCCACUAUAUUCAUGAUAGCCACGACGCCGAUUUUCCGGAAUUUCCUGAUAAAAAGAAUCAAGGAGGAUCGAUUAUUCACGGCUAGUAAAGUGCCCUAUGUUCGAACGAUCACUUGAAAUUAAUUAUUGUUUUUUUUCCCUCAAAUUGAAAAAUUGAAAAUAUGCUCCAUUCGCCAUGAUUUUACACAGUCUCGCCCUCUUUUCUCUAUAACUGGUGAGAGAAAAGAGAGCGCAGACAGACCAGAAGUCACUGGUUUUCGCUCCUCAAAACAGAAGAAACCAGAGAUAAGGCUGGAAAAAGCAGAAAACAAUAUCGCUUCAAAAAAUGUGGAAUGAUCAUAAAAACAGAGCACAAAAAAUAAUUUGAAACUCGAAAUAACAAAUUAAAAGUUUUUUUUUCGUCAUUGCUCAAUAAAAAUGUACUGAUUACCGGUAUCAGUCCUCCUAUAAAAGCAGUUGGAAGCGCUGAUUGAAACAUUCUCUCCGCUAGAAUGCUUCCGAAAAUCCUUCUCAUCGCGGCUCUGGCUUUGGCCUACGUCGCUGCAGCUCCAGCAGUCAAGGAGGACGGUAAAUUUCGACCUUUCGGUUAAAAAAAAAUUUUUUAAAGACAUUUCGGACCUCAUCGGAGCGGAUGAAGCCUUGGUUCAUUUCAUCUUGACUGCCGGUUUGUUAGGAAAAUAUUGAGAACUCACGAAGCUCAAGAAACUUUUGAAAUUUUAAUUCAAAAACUUUUUCGUCUGCCAUUGGAGGAACUUUAAGAAAAAGUUCCUUGGAGUUAAAUAUGGGUGAAAAUUUGCAGCCAAUGAUCGGCAGAAGGCCGCGGAGGCAAAAUUGAAGGCUUGCGCCAAAUCGUGUGAGGAUCGUCACGAAAUGUACGCCUGCUGGAAAAAGUGCAACAAGGACUAUCCUUACAGCGUUUGGACCAUUUAAGGAAAAUUUUUUCUGAUGAAUUAUUUUCAGAUGAGACCGGAUAUCAAGAUCCCUGACUACGCCUACGGUGACAAGGGAAAGUAAGAAACGCAGUUUUUUUACUGGUUGGUUUUGAUUUUGAAUUUUUCGUUCAACUGAACUCAUUUUCAGUUCAAAGCUCUUUCUACAUGUGGACGGCGGCGCAUCUUUUUUUUUUUUAGUAACUUUUUAAUUAUCGAUUGCGACCUUGAUUGUUCCAAUAAUAAACUUUCUAGAAAUUUAUCUCCAAUGCAAACUAUUAAAAUAAAACAAAGAUGGAUCUUACUUUUGGACCUAAACGAGAAAAAAACCAGACAAAAGAAUCGCAUGAAACAAAGAAUUUUUUUUUUUGUCUCUCAAGAUCCUAUUGAUAACACCUCUAUAAAAAAAGAGUAAAAAAACAGUGAUAAAAUAAAUUUUUCGAGCAGAAUGCUUCUGAAAAUUCUCCUAACCAUUUUAUUGGCCGUGGCAUUCGUCGCAUCAGCCCCAAUAGUCGACGAUUCAGAGGAAAAUGACGGUAGAUUUUAAAUUUUCGGAUCCAAAAAUCGGUUCCAAAUUUCAGAUUUUGCUAUCGAAUCGAAUGGAUCUAUUUUUUUCAACUUGCUGGAAAAAAAGAGGUGAGUGAUAGAAACACAAACAAAAAAAGAAAUUUUUUUCUUUUUCUUUGAUCUUGUAGCUUUUUGAAGUUUAUUUAGUCAUAAUAAAUGAAAUCUACACUCCAAAAGACGCAAAUUUCUUUUCAAAAGCUGUUUUUGACCAUCUUAACAGCUGAUGCUCGGUUUUCUGAUGAAUUUCACUCGGCUCCUAUCUGCCUUUUCGAUUUCUAUCGGCAUUCUAGUAGGAAAACUUUGCAGCCAGGCAGAAAUUGAGGGCUGCCCGUAGACGGUACCUCUCUUGUGCGAACAGCUGUACGGAGAAACGCAAACUUCUUCCCUGCUACAAAGGAUGCGACAAACUCUUCCCAUUCCCAGUGAAGGCUUUCUCAAAGAACUCUCUGACGAGAAUGUUCAGAACAAACCGAAAAUCAAAAUCCCCGACAUUGCUUAUGGCGGCGGCGGUGGUGGUAUACCAGGAGUCACGCUUCCCAAUCUUGGAGAAUUGACUUUGCCUACUCUGCCCACCUUGCCAGUCACUGGUUUGUUCCUUUUCACAUCAAAUCCAUUAACCUAAAUCGACAAUUUUCAGUGCCAAUUUGAGCAGAUUCUCCAAUAUAGUCUACCUCGCUUCUUUGGACAACGUCAUUUCAAUUCGCAUAUCCAAUUUUGUGAAAUUUCGAUUGUCCUCGAAAUGAAUAUUGUGUAUGAAUCGAAAAAUGUCUUGAAACACAAAAAAAGCGAAAAGAAUAAACUUUGAACUCGCAGACGGAUGGAGAAAAAUUCGGGAGAGACAGAUAAUUUGACACAGCUGUAACUUUGACACAAAUUUCUCAAAAACUAACUAGGGUUCAGGAAAUACAAAGAAAUAAUAAUAAUUUUUUUAAAAUAGUAAGUAGAGAACAAUUUGGUUAUCCUCCCCAUUAUAAAAAAUCCGAAAUUUGACCGAAAAAAAAAAUCCGAGAUUUUUUCCGACUAUCGUAUUGGGAGUCACCUGUGAGUUCCCACUUUCCUUACUUCAAACAAAAAUUGAUGCUUCUCAGCGCCGGCCUUCUUCAGCUUCUCUACAUAUUUUGACAACGCCGCGUCAAAUUUAUCCUCUUGUAUUAUUUCUGUCGUAUUAAUAAACAUUUUUUCGUUUUUUUGAUAUUUUAAAAUUCGACUGUGCAGAAGCGACAUUAAAAUAAAUAAACGAAGACAGUAUGCCAUUUACCAUUGGUUCGAGAAAAAGAAGACGAGGACCUUGACAUGCUCAGCGAGAUGGAAGAGCUUUUGACGUCUCUAUAG